AUGGAAUCGAAUUCAAAGCAUCAAGGAGUUGAUAGGAUCAGUAAAUUGCCAGAUGCGCUUCUUUGUCACAUACUUUCGUUCGUUCCAACUAUAUAUGCUGUAUGGACCACUGUUUUGUCUAAACGAUGGAAGAACUUAUGGAUUUCAGUUCCCAAUUUGAAUUUUGAUGAAGACGAUUUCCCUGAAACUUAUAGGGUUGACAAAAAUCGCAUUAUGAACUUUAUUAAUCGUACACUUUCCUUUCAUGGCUCAUCAGACAUCCAAAAAUUCCUUCUUUGUUGUAGGCGUGAACAGGAUUUCGGUGCUAAGGAUUUCUCUCAUAUUGGUAGAUGGAUUAGAACUGCCGUUAGGCGUAAUGUUGUUGAAUUGGAUCUUCAUCUUACCCUUGACAGUAACACGCCUAGUCGUGAAUUCAAAAUCCCUCAAAGUCUUCUCAGGUCUAAAACCCUAGUGGUUUUGACUGUGUAUUCAAAUUGUAUUACCUAUGCUCCUACAAAAGGGUGUUUCCCGAGUCUAAAGGUCCUUUCUAUUUCAGUUGUCUGGCCAGACACUGAUUCCUUUACUUCCCUGGGAAAUUUUUUUUCUUGUUGUCCUAUACUUGAAGAAUUGAGUAUAGAUCUGAGUUUAAGAUUUCGUGAUGUCUUGAAUUUCUAUAUAUCUGCACCUUUAUUGAAGAUGUUAAGAAUUUCUCUGGACCAUCCGAGUUCUCAUCAUUGGACCAAGUACUUAAUUAAUGCCCCAAAGCUGGAAAAUCUUUGUCUCAGUGACAAUGUUUUGUCAAGUUACUUUCUGGAGAGUUCAGUGUCUCUCGUCAGAGCUGAAAUUGAUUUCAAAGAUAGAUUUCCAUCUGACAAUGCUAGCUAUUCGGAUGAAGAUGAAUUUUGGGGCCUUCCAGAUAAACGUCUUGGAUUUUCUAACAGGGCACCCCCAUCCCUGGAAAAAUUUUCAGAUGUAAAAUAUCUUUCUCUGUCUGGCGUGCCUUCACUGUUGAAGGUGCAUGAUCUUCCUGCUUUUAAUAAUGUGAGCCAAUUGGAACUUACUCUUUAUGAUGGCGACUACUGCGAGUUGGUAAUUGAGUUGCUCAAGAGAUCACCUAAACUGGAAUAUCUUGCCUUAGGAGAUCAAUAUUUCAGCUGUAAAGAACUAUUCCCAGAGCACUCACAAGAUCGAUGGAAUCCACCAGAGCUUGUGCCUGAUUGUUUGUUGUCACACCUCAAGACUAUCUCCUUGAGAGGAUUUCAAGGAAGCCAGGACGAGAUGGAAGUAGCAAAGUAUUUGUUAAAGAACAGUGACGUUUUGAAGAAGCUUACUAUUUAUCCCGGGAUGCAUAUUCCUAGAGAGCAGUGGUAUGAACAAGAGAAGCUGGUAUACAAGGAACUUUGUGCGUUUAAAUGGGGUUCGAAGACUUGUCGAGUUGAAUUUAUCUAG